UAUCAGCGGCAAUGGGAAGAAGCACAGGCAGGUUUAACAGAUUUACUAGAAGUUGAAGAGGAAGAACUGAUAAAGAAAGAAAAGGAUCGUAUCACAGCUUUCCAAAAACUAGCGGUGCCUUAUGUUAAAUAUAUACAGAUCUUUCGGAAGUUAGAACAAGCUUAUGAUCAGAUAGUCCAUCCUCAAAAGCAUCGUUUGCUACGGCAUGUUUUGGAUGGCGUCAUUGGCAGGAUUAUCGAAAUGAAGCAUGGCAUGGUUAGCUUGGAACUUUCUGAAUUUCAUUACCUAGAUGAUGUACUAUCCGAUAUGAAACUCCAGCCGGCCGAUAUAGAGAUUCCAAUACCUCAUUAUUUUGUCAAUGAAAACUCUAAAGUUUUAAAGGAAAGAGAAAAGCUACUUGGCAUGAUAUUAGCUAAAUUAGGACCACAAGAUAAAACUGAUGUGAUAAAAAUGACAGUUGAGGAAGCAGUUAGAAUCGUUCAGAUUCACGAAAGGGCUAGGCAGGGUAGACUACGGGCCAAGUUUAUGAAAGAUAUAAGAGCUCAAGAAGAACGUGAAAGGCUUGCAGCCACUAAAGGUGCGCCUACAAUGGAUCAAAAUGUGGCUGCUUCAAUUCUGCAGAAAUUAUGGAGAGGCUAUUAUCAACGAAAGAGAGCUAGGGAACAACGAGAACAAGAAUUGAUAUUUCUUGGAAUGAAUACUCCACAGGCCUUAGCAAAGAAAACUGAGGCGCAACGACGAAUUGUCCAAGAUGAAUAUGAACGAGAAUAUCAGCAGGCUCAAGUAACUAUUAAAGAUAAAUUAAGAAAAACAGAAGGGCCGGAUAUGAAGGAAAGAAUGCAAGAUCAAAUUCGUCAAUGGUUUAUUGAAUGCCGUGACCGUGACGGGAAAUUUCCAGAUUUUCCUAUGGAAGAAGAAGGAGGAUCUAUGAGAAUUUUUGAAAAGAAAGAUCCUAAACAGGAUGAUGAAAAGAAUGGCAAAGGAAAAUCUGGAAAAGGCAGAAAAGGUGGCAAAGAUAAAAAGAAUCAAAACAAUAAGAAAACAAAAAAUAAAGACAAGAAAUUGAGGAAAAGUGGUAAAGGAAAGAAAAAGGAUGAUGACGAUGAGGGAUUUACCCUGCCCACUUCUAAGUUUAAAGACACAAUUGUAGAAGUAGAGAAAGGUUAUAAUGAUAUUUGGAAAAAUCGUGACGAAAGUAAUAAUUUUCAACAGAAACACGAUGUAGAGCUAGUAAAAGAAGGUCUCCGUGGAGAAGUGGAAGAAGAAGUUCGAAAACAAGUGGAUGAACUAAUGAGAGAAGAACUCAAAAACCUGAAAAUGGCAGUUGAACGUGAUAAAGGUCGAAAAGCGAAAGGUACCAAGAAAGGAAAGAAGAAGAAAGCUAAAAAAGGAAAAAAGAGAAGAAAAAAGAAGCGAGAAAAGGAUUUAACACAAGAUAGAACAAUAGAAUCCUUAUAUGAGGAAUUAGUAUUGGAAGGGAUCGUUGUAAGAUAUCCAAAAGCUCGAUUAAGAGAUUUUGAGGGAGAUUACAGUUAUCUAGGUACUACUCUACGCCAAGAAAAUAUUGAACCUAUGCCUUCUCUUUCGGACGUUAGGAGAGUAAUAACAGAAUACUGUAUACUUCCCUUAGGAUCACAGACUGUCCAUGAGAAUUGCACGAACGUUAAAUCAAUAUUACUAGUUGGACCUCGUGGAACUGGCAAAAAAUCACUCCUUCAUGCCAUUUGUACUGAAGCAGGAGCUAAUCUGUUCGAUUUAACGGCAACCAAUAUCGCCGGUAAAUAUCCUGGCAAGAGUGGAUUAGCAAUGUUGAUGCAUCUUGUUUUCAAGGUCGCUAGGCAAUUGCAGCCAUCUGUCAUUCAUAUUGGCGAUGCGGAAAGGACAUUCCUGAAAAAGGUCUUAAAAAAUGAUACGUCCGAACCAAGGCGUUUAAGGGUUGCCUUGCCAAGGCAGCUAAGAAGAUUAAAAGCCGAAGAUCGUGUUAUUGUAAUCGGGACAUGCAGACAACCAUAUGAUGCAAUGGUUAAGCCGUUAUGCCAUGCUUAUCAGAAGAUUUUAAUGAUCCCACGUCCAGAUUAUGCAUCUCGCUUUCUCUUGUGGCAUAAAAUCAUUGCCAAAAAUGGCGGCAAAAUAACACCGAUAUUGGAUAUAAGCUCUUUAUCGAAAAUAUCCGACGGCUAUACACCGGGGCAAAUUGGGGCAACCGUUACUCAGGUUCUAACAGAAAGACGUCUUCGUCAGUUGGCUAAGCGUCCCUUAACAGCAACAGAGUUCGUGGCUCCUCUGGCAAGAUUAGAUCCAAUAUAUAAAGAGGAAGAAGAAGCCUUAAAGAAAUGGUUCGAAAAAACUCCACUGGGUAGAAAGAGGCUUAGAAUGAUUAGAACAUUGCAAGAAGAUACCAACAAAAAGGGUAAAAAAAGUGUGAAAACAAAGAGGGCUAAAGGAAAGAAGAAAUGA